CCCAAGUUGCAAAGUACAUGAAGCCUCAUUCAUGCUGUCAAGUCAUCGAACAAACCGGCAGGUUUAACAGGAUGGAUUUGUUGUACGGUCCUGUGGGUUUAGGCGUAGUAGCGGGACUGGGCUGUGGGCUCUUCCUCGGUUGGCACCUUCGUUCUCGCUUCGGCCCCGCAUCCAAAAACCUGAUGGCAGCCAUGGGGAACGGCACAGGCGAAGCGAGCGUGAUGGGAGAGGGAGGCGAGUUCAAGAUGAUCCUGGUGGUUAGAAACGACCUGAAGAUGGGCAAAGGUAAAGUUGCUGCCCAGUGCUCCCAUGCUGCUGUGUCGGCAUACAAACAGGUCCAGCGAAGGAACCCUGACCUGCUCAAACAGUGGGAGUACUGCGGUCAGCCUAAAGUGGUGGUGAAAGCCCCCAAUGAGGACACUCUGAUUGAUCUGCUGGGUCACGCCAAAGAGGUGGGGCUUCCUGUCAGCCUGAUUCAGGACGCAGGAAGGACACAAAUCGCUCCAGGUUCACGCACUGUGCUGGGGAUCGGACCAGGACCUGCUGAUCUUAUCGACAAAGUCACUGGAGACUUGAAGCUCUACUAAAGAUGACAAUGUCAUCUAAAGGACUUGUAAACAGUUUAUGAAUUAUUAAACAUCUCUGCAGUAAUUAAAGCUGUGGUACCAGGAGUUUAUAUUUUUGUACAAUUAUUUUCUCAAUAGCAUCUUUGAAACUUGAGUUAUAAAGAAAGCUUUGGGUGUUUUGUGAAUUUAUUGGAAAAAAAAUCUCUUGAAUAGGAAUUUAACGUGCCAUUUUAAGAUGUAAUAUCUGCAUCCCUGUGAUAUGUCACCUUCAAUAUGAUCUUCACAGACAUCUUAAUGGGUUGAUAAAGGGAUUCUUCCUUUUUUGCUAGCUCUGGAGAUGACAACAGACAAAUACUCCUCUGCUGCAGUAUCAGUAUGAUUGUCUUAAGGCAUAACAGUGGAGUUUCAUUGUGGUGUGGUUGCAGAAACUCACUGUGAAAAGACCCAUUAAGACCCUGUUAAACCUACAAUGAGAAGUUUAAACCAGCUGCUUAGUUUUUAAGUAGAACUCUACAUGAACUUCAAAAGCAAAUAAGACUAUUUGCUAAAAGAUGCAUUAUUUUUGUACAGUUAUAUUGAAGCUCCUCUGCUUUGAAAAUAAUCCUGGAAUAGUAAAUCACAUAUUCUGGAGAAUAAAAGACUGUCUUUCUCAGAUGAAAAUUUA